UCCAUUUUCUCUAUCAACAAUAUUCCUUCAUUGUUCCACCGUUGAGUCCACUAAAGGUUCAGCUCCUUUGCCAUCCCUUUAUGUAAGAGCUGCGGCAGAUCAGGAAUCCCGUUUUGUUCGUGAGGAACCUUGUUAGAAGACAACUCGGUCCCAAGCCAGUCUUUGGGCAGCACAUUACUGCGCAAUUGUAAAAUGGAUUCAUAUAAAUAUCGAUAUCACCCCUGCGGUUUCCAUGUUCAUGCGUACGAAUCCGAACUCAUCCUGUUUCUAGGUACAAUCGCACCGCAAAAUGGUCCGAAUACAAGGCAUCGAGGGUAUGCAGUACCCUCGAGAUGGCAGCAAGUCCGAGCAGCUCGAUUACGCCUUAUUUAACCGGCAAUAUGCCACCUCGACCUAUCGGGAAGACCACGAUAUGUAUCCAGACCUUAUCAUCCAGCCAAAGGGAGAUGAGGACGUCGUCAAGGCCGUCAAUUGGGCCAGAUCCAACAAAAUUGCCAUUUCCGUGAAGAGCGGUGGCCAUCAGUACAGCGGUGCCUCGUCGACGAGCGGCAGAAAUAUCCAGCUCGAUCUGUCAAAUACAUACAAACAUCUGAUGCGCAUCGACCCUGUCGACCCAGUUGACCAGGAUAAAACUCUCAUAUAUGUUGGCGUUAGCAUCCAUCUCAAGGAUUUUAGCGCCUAUCUCAUACACAACAGCCUCUUCAUUCCCCAUGGACAAUGCGCUUACGUCUGUAUCGGUGGUCACGUCCAGACGGGAGGAUAUGGCCAAGUUGGGCGAAGCUUUGGACUUCUGGGCGAUCAUGUUAGGACUAUUCGCAUGGUCUGUCAUGAUGGUAUCAUUCGAGAUAUCACGAAGCGAAAUGACACUGAGCUGUUCAACGCCAUUCUAGGAGGAAGCCCUGGCAACUUCGGCAUCAUAACUCAUUACAUCAUCGAAGUAUAUAAGGCUGCUCACUAUGUUGGGACCGUGGAGGGUCCACGCGGUAUCAAGGGACCGUACGGUCUCAAAGGGAUUUGGAUGUACUCUCCGAAGAUACUCAAAAAGCUCUUGACGGCCGUCGCGGAGAUGGCUGACGACCCAGAGUUUCCACGCGGUUUCGACCUGAACAUCAAUGUGCUGAGCACCGAUUUCCCCAACGCAUAUCUCUUCCCAGAGGGGAAAGAUGCGGGCGCGGUGCAACGUGUGCAGAACAAUAUCAAAUACUUCCUGGCCAAUCAGUUCCUCAAGAGACUCAAUUACAGCUUUCCGGCUGCCGUUGUGCUCUACGCACAGUGGUGCCCAACCGAGAAGGGCGAUGAGUAUGACGAGAAUGUAGACAAGUGGUUUCAGAGAUUCCGCGACCUCAGCGGCUUCUUCGCGAACGGUGCACUCCAGAUCAACGUCUUCGACAUGGACAUGUCUCAAAUGAUGGGCCAGUGGAUGUUCCACAAGGAGCGCGAGUUCGAGCUCCCCUACGUUAAACGGACGUACCUGACCAACUCGAGGACCCUAGUCCGCGAUAACUGGGCCGAUAACUUGGUUAAGCGCAUCGACAAAAUCUAUAAUCCCGCGCAACACCUGAAGAAUGACUCCGGCGACAAUGACUACGAGCGCUACCUUAGCUGCAAGCUCUCAGUGCAGAUCCAGUGCUUCGGCGGCAAUCGAUCACGCUUCUACACUAACAGGGGUAGUGGGACUUCAUACAGCUGGCGUGACACGACCGUCAUGCAGCUGAUGGACUGUUUCCACCAGCCGGACGCGGACUCCAAGGCGUAUGCCGAGCGGUGGCAGGCCGAGAACGACUCCAUCAUGGUCGGGCCUCAGAGCUGCUUCAGCAAGCAGGACAGACGCGGGCACGGGGGUUCGUACGGGGAUUGGAACAUGGCGAACGAAAAGGUCUGGAGGUGCUAUUACGAGGACAAGGAGAAGUACGAACGGCUGGGUAGGAUAAGAGCCAAAGCCGAUCCGAACGGCACUUUCACUCCUAACCCUUUCGCCGUUCCAGUGAUUUUUACACCAAACUGAAUUUUUGGAUGGAGUGAUGCCUUCUGUAACAGUAUAUAGAGUGUUUUGAAGGUCAAUAUGCAGGUUUUGAUACCCAUUCUGUACUUAGGCCUAAACUAGAUCAGCGCUGUCAGCUCUCAG